AGAUGUGCUUCCAUUACGCUGAAGCGUUUCGGAUUGGAAUGGAUAGCAGUUUCGACAGCGCACUCCUCCUACCACUCGUCCACAAACGACCGAUCUUGUCGACUAGACUGCCGCAUGGACAAGUACAGAAAACUCGAGCGCAUUGGCAAAGGAAGCUUUGGCUCGGCAUAUCUCGUAGAAAAGCGAGGGGAGCCGGGGAAGCAGUACGUGAUCAAGGAGAUUCAGAUCGACCCACGCGACCAAAAGGCUGCCGUACGGGAAGCCCGUCUCCUCGCGGCACUGGAUCACCCCAAUAUCAUUGCGUGUAAGGAGCACUUCAUGUUGUCCCCAGGGCAGAAAAUUCUUUGCAUCGUGACCGAAUACGCGGACGGUGGCGACUUGCGCAAACUGCUCAAACAGUACGAGGCGGCAGGCCGCCGACUGGACGAAGAUUUGGUCUUGGAUCUCCUCGUUCAGAUGUGCCUCGCGCUCAAACACGUCCACGACAGAAAGAUCCUCCACCGCGAUGUCAAACCCGAAAACAUCUUUCUCAUGCAAUCGCACGUGGUCAAGUUGGGCGACUUCGGGGUCGCCAAGGUUCUCAGCAAUACACUCGCUUGCGCUGAUACCCAAACGGGCACGCCGUAUUACACCUCUCCCGAGAUUUGCCACGGUCUGCGCUACAACCACAAGACGGACGUGUGGAGUCUCGGGUGCGUGCUGUACGAAAUGAUCACGCAAAUGCAUGCGUUUGACGGGCGAAACCAAAAGCAAUUGUUUCAAAAUAUUGCGUACGGCGCAUUGGACACGGCUCAACUCGACCAUUGCUCGCCGCGCCUCAAACAACUCGUGAUAUCGAUGCUGGCCAAGGCGCCGCGCGAUCGCCCGAGCAUCAAUGGCAUCCUGAAGACGCCGCUCGUUCGCGACCGUAUCCAUACGUUCUUGUCAGCCCAGGAAAUGCAAAACGAAUUGGCGCACACGGUUCUCCACGGCCAACAUUUGUUUCGAAAACCCCCCAUGACGAAAGCUACGACGAGUCCCCGUGCAAUGAAGCAUCCCGCACCGCCUCCGCCGCCGAUCGCAGUUGUGCGGCCUAUCGUCCGAGAGCGACACCCGGCCGUUCGUGGGUACGCGGCACCGACGGCAGCAAUGAGGAAGCGCGGUGAAGCCAUGGCGGCCAAAAAGGAGCGAGUGCAAGCGCUGGUGGCGAAACAGCGGGAACAGGCUGAAAUGCGGUUGAUUCAAGAGAAGAAGGCCCGACUUGCUCGUAAGAAAGCUGAAAUGGACCGACGAAACGAGGCGCUGGCUGCUCGACAAGCACGUCAGAAGUCUCCGCCAAAGGUACCACAAGACGCGGCGUUUGCGCUCCAGGCCAAGCUCGAGGCGAGACGACAGCAAUUGCUCGAGCAGCAAGCCGUGCGAGACUUACCCAUGAUGGUACCAGUGAAGGAAUCCCGCGAUCGCGACGCCGACCGAUUGAAGAUGGCCGAAGAUAUCAAGGAGAAGAAACGACUCCUCAAGGAUGUCCACCCCAACUCCAACGAUCCGAUCCUUCUCGUGCAAGUCCUCAAGUCUCCUCACGAUAACCAUGCGCUGCCUGUACCGCCACCAGUGUUGGCCGCUCCGAGUGUGAUGAUUCCCAAGGUUGAAGCGAUCUUUGCGCCAGACACGAUCACGUUGAACAGCACAGUGGGGUCGCCCAAGCACGCUGCGACACCAGACAGCUCGUUGCCACUAGAAAGCCAAACGGAUGCAAGUGAUGAAGAGACCAUGUCAAAGGCUGACGCCCCAACCAACCUUGCGGGUGACACUGAUGUCCAAGUCGACGACAUCGAGGCGACAAGCCGUUGCAAUGGCAAACGCAGCUUUGAAUACGAGCGCAUGGUGCUUCACAUGAAGUGCGUCAUGGAGGAGGAACUUGCCGAGGAUCCCGACGACGACGAUGGCGACGCCAGAACGGCCGAGGUCGACCCGGCAGACGAGAGCGGUAACGAUGAUGACAGCAGUGGGGUCCGGUUGAGCAACCUUGCCAUCCUGCAACUGCCUGACUUCAAGGCUGCGUUGAAAGCGCUUUGGAGCAACUCUCCAGCCAAGCCAGACGAAGUGCGGGGGGUCAUGGGGCCGACUUCCCUCUCCGCAGCGCAUGUGGAGGACGCAGCAUGGCUAUGCAGGUACAUGCAAGGGAUCGUGCUGGGCGAAUCGGCCAGCGUUCAAGUAGAUUGACGACGACAACCCUCGAACUCUAUAUUCACACUUUUGACAUGACUACAAAAUUUGGACACUACACGAGACGAAAUGGAAAGUUACUCGGAGUGGCGCUUCGACCACCCCGAGAUUUUGAACGGACUCGAAUUUCCCCCGGCAGACUUGACCUCCAUGUGGACGAGCUGCUCCAAGCUGGCGGGGGGCGCCGUCAGAUCAGAGUACCGAUACUCUUCUUCGACGAUGCGCUCCGACGGGACUUGGCUCGAAAUUGUGCGGCUGCGGCGGCGCAGCGGAGGAGGCAGCAACUUGAUGCGCUCCUCGUAGUCUUCCGAGAUGACUUGCAUCUUUCGGGCCCCCUCGAGGUUCAACGGCGUGUUCGAGUCGAACGCGCCAAGGUUGCCGAGCUUGAGCGACUUGUAAAUGGAACGCAGAUGGAAGUAAUACUUGGCGUACGACGCAGCCGACACACGGACGUUGUACUCGACGCAAUCAAGGUAGAGCAACUCGAGCGCGUUGAUGCGGCGCAGGGGAAAGUGUCCGUGGAAAAUCUUAGAGAAAUCGGCGUUGCACAUGCUCAGGUCGUCCCAGACUUUAGACGCCAUCAGCAUUGAGCAAAACACAAUCGCUUGCCAGUUGGUGGGGGUGAGUUGGAGACCUUUGCCUACAGUGGCUUGCAACAAUCGUUCCACAUAGAUCAGCCCCAUGAUGAUGCACUCGCUCUCCAUUUGUGCGGUGCGGUAGAUUUGGGUCAUGAAGGAAACAAUCUUGUCGACGGACGGGACAGAAAACGACAUAGAAGACGACGGGGCUUCGAACCCAAGAAAACGGGGUUCCAUAGGAACAUGGGCGGAGGUAGCUUCCAAGAUAUGGCCGUGCAAAACUGUCGCCACGCAAAAGAAGGUGCUCGUCUGGUCGGGCUUGUUCAUCGUUCCCAAGCGGACAAAAAUCGAGUUGGUGCUGUUCGAUCGCAUGCGCUGGGGCUGGGGCGGCACGACACAUUCGCCCGACGACUGAUGGAGGUCGGUCAGAAGAGUGCCGAGAUCCGACUGGCGCGUGGCGUAGUACGCAGUGUGUAGCGACACGUGUUCUUCAGAUAUGGGGGACGGAAUGUCCUUGCGCACUGAGGCAGACGAAGUGGAUGAGCGCGGAGUAGCGAUGCCAUUGAGCAUCGCGUCAAACAUGUCUUCCUUCGCGGACAACGUACGAAACAAGCGUGGAGGGCCUCCCGUUUUCGGAGGUCGGCCGCUAUCCUUCGACAUCAUGCGCUGUGACUGAACACAACUCCCAUGAGACGAUGGCUUCACUGACGUCGACGAGGGGAUGUUGGACUCGUCGACAGCCGUAGGGGAACGCAUCAUUUUGCUCUUGAUGUUUUGCUCCAUCAUGCGAAAGAACUGGGACGCCGCGUCCUUUUCCUUUUGAAUAAGCGAGGCGGGCUUCUUCCAAGUCGUUUCUCGAGUGACUGGGUGAUAAUAGUAUGGACGGUUCGAGCGAGGGUCGUGCGCGACCUUCCACUCGACGGCAUCAGGCACCUGUUGGGCGUUCAUUGGGACACAAAGAGCAGGACUCAACGGCGGCGACUUCACGGACGAACCUGGGCGACGACGAUGAGAGAAUGGGAGAGUUCUGAGUGAAGGGC